AAACCGGGUUGGACCUGCGACCUUUAGUGUUUGGUUCACUUCCUGUCUUUGCUUGUGUUCCCUCCUGUUUUCGCCCUCCUGUGUUUCAUUGGUUCCUUGGUCGUAUGGCUCCGCCCCCUCUGAUGAGUCCAGCUGGUCACAAGGUUUUUGGUUCCUGGUCUGUUCUUUCUUUUCCACUGAAUUCAUUUGGCUGCUCUGGAAUCAUUUAGCGCCACUUGCUGCAUCCUCGCCAGCGUGUUUUUAUCUGCGUCUGGUUCUGACAGUGAUGUUCAACAUCGAACUCGCUGUGAGAAAAAAGAAGUUGACCUUUGACAUUCAGAUCAAAGCACGCUGACUAAACGGCUUCAGGGACUAUUCAACAUUUUCCCUCAUGAAACAUUUGCAGCAGAGCAAACAUUGUGUGUCAUUAACUCAAAGCCUCAGUCUGGUUGAUCAGCAGCAGCUCGGGUCAAGUGAGGUCACGUGGUGGAGCCGCUCAGGACGUGACGGACAGAAGUGUCGUUGUCGCAGCGAUGGUUCUUCGUGUGGCGGUUGUUGGAGCCGGCGGUUCUGGUCUCACAAGCAUAAAGGCUUGCGUGGAGGACGGCCUGGAGCCCGUCUGCUUCGAAAGCAGCGACGACAUCGGAGGCCUCUGGAACUUUAAGGAGGCUCCAGUGCCCCAGCGCUCCAGCAUCUAUCGCUCCCUGGUGGUCAACACCUCCAAGGAGAUGAUGUGUUUCAGCGACUUCCCGAUGCCUGCCGACUACCCCAACUUCAUGCACCACCCCCGGCUGCUGGAGUACCUCCGCCUCUACGCCGAGCGCUUCCAGCUGCUCCGACACGUCCGCUUCCAGACCACGGUGAAGAGCGUCAAACAGAGGCCAGAUUUCUGUACGUCGGGUCAGUGGGACGUUGUGACCAGCAGGGACGGAGAGGAGGAGGGUCACGUUUUCGAUGCCGUGCUGGUGUGUUCAGGUCACUACACCCAUCCGGCCUCACCGCUGCUACACCUUCCAGGGUACGAGACGUUCUCUGGUCGGUGUCUGCACAGCUGGGAUUACAAGGACGGAGACGCCUUCAGAGGAAAGAGGGUGGUAGUGGUCGGGAUCGGCAAUUCUGGAGGAGACAUUGCGGUGGAGAUCAGUCGAUCUGCAGAGCAGACGUUCCUCAGCACGCGCCGGGGCUCCUGGGUAAUGGGCCGCAUGUCCCGUGGGGGUCUUCCCUUUGACAUGACCCUCAUCACCAGACUCAACAACACCCUCAUGCAGCUUCUCCCCGAAUCUCUGCUCAACUGGACGGUGGAGAGAGAACUCAACGGCAGAUACGACCACAGGCUGUACGGCCUGGAGCCCCGGCACAGAAUUUUGGACCGAAGGCCUUUGAUCAACGACGACCUCCCGGGUCGGAUCCUCCAGGGGGCCCUGCAGAUGAGAGCGCACCUCAGAGGAUUCACCCAGUCGGGGGUCCGGUUUGAAGACGGCAGCGUGGAGGAGAACAUCGAUACUGUGGUUUUCUGUACUGGUUAUGAUGGAAACUUCCCGUUCUUGCCCCCAGCUCUGUCCGGGGGGCCCAAUGAAGACCUGGUUCUAUACAAGUCUCUGUUCCCUCCAUCUCUCUCUCCACCCACUCUGGCCGUGACUGGGAUCUUCCAGACCAAAGGGCCCAUCCUGCCGCUGGUGGAGAUGCAGGCGCGCUGGGCCGUGAAGGUUUUCUCCGGUGUGAGCCGCCUGCCCCCGGAGGAGGAGAUGCUGGAGGUCGUUCAGUGUGAGAAGAGGAGGAACAUGAAGAGGUGGGCCGCUCCUUCAUCGCCGAACACCCAUCGUUCAGGCAGAGUGGCUUCAGUUUGUGGAGAAGAUGACCUCAGCGAUCCCUGCCCCCGGAAGGCGGCUCUGCAGGUGGACUACAUCCCGUACCUGGACUUCAUGGCUGAGGAGGUCGGCGUGCGACCCGACCUUCUGAAGCUGCUCCUGACGGACCCGGGACUCUGGGUCAGGGUCUUCUUCGGCCCCUGCACGCCGUACCAGUACCGUCUCAGGGGGCCCGGGCGGUGGGCCGGGGCCCGUCAGGCCAUCCUCACUCAGUGGGAGCGGGUGGCUCGGCCAUUCAGGACCAGGCCGGUACCAGGACCGGAGGACGGACCGGCCCGGUUCCCCCCCUGGCGCUGGAUGCUUGUGUUGGCCGGAGCCGUGAUGGCUGUCUUCCUCUCCAGGAGGGAACCAGUAUAAAAACAGCAUUAUGCUGUUAUUUUAGUGUUCCUACCGUAACGCCCAUGAACCGUAUAUUUACAGUAUGACGCUGCUAAAGUUAAAUGAUUUAAAAACAAUACAUUUAAAGAAGAAACAAAUGAAAUUGGUAGAAAGAUAAGAGAGCCUUUCAAUAAUAUGCUUUUAUUAAAAGGAAAGCAACGUCUAACACAUUUAACACUAAGCCCAUUUUUGAUAACAUAAAAUUGGAUCAAUGCAACAAGUGCAAACAUAUUUAACAGCAAAAAACAUUGAAUAUACUUUUGAAAAGUUACCAUAGUUCUAGAGUUCGAGCCCUCUAAUGCUACUUACUAAAGCAUGGAGUUACGUCUUAGCCAUUAUCUUCUUCAUUUUGAUUUGAUUGUACCAUUUAUUUGUUCCCUUACUGCUGCUGACUGGAUAAUAAAAGCAAUUCUAUUUCA